AUGCAAUGGCUGGAUCGCUCGCGGUGGACGACUAGCCCAUACUAUGCGCUGGUGAUCUUUGUGAUCGCUUGCGGGAGUAUCCCUAAAGGUUAUGAUGAGGGAGGAUACAGCGCGAGCGUCAAGCUCGAGUCAUUCAUGAUCGACUUUAACCUCGUCAAAUCGCAUUGGAAGAACGAUCCCACGGGGUUAACUAAUCGGUCUGCCAACAUUACAUCCUUCAACGUGUUAGGUGCUGCAUUCGGUGCGCUAGCUGGCUUGGAUCUCAAUGAUCGCCUGGGUCGUCUUAUCUCGUGGCGACUGGCCUGCAUCGUAUGGGCGAUUGGCACCUUUAUCCAAGUUUUCUCGUCGGGAAUCUAUGGCCUGCUGCUCUUUGCCCGUAUCUUUGCUGGGCUCGGUGCUGGCCUCCUGACGGUGACUUCGCCGCUAUAUCUAUCAGAGGUCGCACCUCGAGCGACGCGAGGUCUCGCGGUCGGCAUGUAUAUGGUGAUUCUGCUGGCCGUACUCGCCAUGGGCUUCUUUAUUAACUAUGGCGCCAAUCUCCACAUGGCCGCCACGCGUACCCAAUAUCGGCUAGUCCAGUCUAUCCCACUGAUCCCUGUCGGUAUCGCCUUUGGCCUGUCCUUCCUCUGUCCAGAGACUCCUCGGUAUCUGGCAUCCCAGCAGCGCCAUAAAGAAGGAAAAGAGGUACUUGCCCGCCUGCGUGGCAAAUCAAUUGAUGAUGAAAGCGUCGAGGCCGAGUUCGAGGAAAUUGACCGACAGGCGCGGGAAAGAGCAGACCUGAAAUCUGUCUCUCACUGGCAGGCGUUUAAAGAAUCCCAGUCGAAUUCUAACUACCGCCAGCGCUUCUGGUUGCUGAUGACAAUGCAAACCAUUGCUCAGUGGACCGGUGGCAAUGGUAUCACGUACUAUGUGACCAAUAUCUUCGAGUAUGCUGGUGUUACUGGCUCAAACCAGUCGCUCAUUUCAUCGGGCGCCUACGGAAUCGUCAAGCUCGUUUUUACCAUGGCGUUUACUUGGGGUCUGAUUGAUCUCUUUGGUCGCCGACGCUGCGCCCUGACUGGUCUUGCCCUGCAGCUGGCAGCACACAUUUACAUGGGCGUUUAUAUGGGCCUGCAGCCCGGCUCAGCAGACAACAAGUCUGCCUCGGAUGCAGCCAUUGCGUCCGUUUUUGUGUAUGCCGUCGGUUGGUCGGUCGGUCUCUGCACUAUUCCCUACCUAUACGGCACGGAGAUCUUCCCGACCCGGAUCCGCAAUGUGAGCUAUGCCAUCAGCAUGGGUCUUCACUGGUUCUUCCAGUUUGCCGUUGUGCGUGUUACCCCGAACAUGUUCGCUUCCCUUCAUGUGUGGGGCGCGUAUCUGUUCUGGGCGAUCAUUUGUACCUUGGGCCUGAUCAUUCUCGGCAUUUGGAUGCCAGAGACAGCCCAAGUCCCGAUUGAGCGUAUGGACGAGCUCUUUGCUGGACCGUGGUAUCUGCGCUGGCGCGCUCACCCCAAGUACGUUGAUGACUCGUCCGAGACGACCGAGGCAAUCACUUCUCACGACCAGGAUGGAAAGACAUUCAAGUCGAAUAUUUUCAAGUCCCGUUAA